GGCGCCCAGGCGGCCCACCGCUACUUGGGCGCCCGCCGGGGUCCCCCGCGGCUGCCGCCGCCGCAUUCGUCGUCGCCCCCGCCUUCCCGGCAGCAUCGGGCCGGGCACCGCCUCCCCCCUGCCUCCCUCUCCGCUGCGGUCAUGUAGGAAAUCGUAAAUCAUGUGAAGAUGGGACUCUUGGUAUUUGUACGCAAUCUGCUGCUAGCCCUCUGCCUUUUUCUGGUACUGGGAUUUUUGUAUUAUUCUGCGUGGAAGCUACAUUUAUUCCAGUGGGAGGACUCCAAAUAUGAUCGGUUGGGCUUCCUCCUGAAGUUGGACUCUAAACUGCCUGCUGAGUUAGCCACCAAGUACGCAAACUUUUCAGAGGGAACUUGCAAGCCUGGCUAUGCUUCAGCCUUGAUGACUGCCAUCUUCCCCCGGUUCUCCAAGCCAGCACCCAUGUUCCUGGAUGACUCCUUCCGCAAGUGGGCUAGGAUCCGGGAAUUUGUGCCGCCUUUUGGGAUCAAAGGUCAAGAUAAUCUGAUCAAAGCCAUCUUGUCCGUCACCAAAGAGUACCGCCUGACCCCUGCCUUGGACAGCCUCAGCUGCCGCCGCUGCAUCAUCGUGGGCAAUGGAGGUGUCCUUGCCAACAAGUCUCUGGGGUCACGAAUCGAUGACUAUGACAUUGUGGUCAGACUGAACUCAGCACCAGUGAAAGGCUUUGAGAAGGACGUGGGCAGCAAAACUACACUGCGCAUCACCUACCCUGAGGGUGCCAUGCAGCGGCCCGAGCAAUAUGAACGUGAUUCUCUCUUCGUCCUCGCUGGCUUCAAGUGGCAGGACUUCAAGUGGUUGAAGUACAUCGUCUACAAGGAGAGAGUGAGCGCGUCAGAUGGCUUCUGGAAAUCUGUGGCCACUCGGGUGCCCAAGGAACCCCCUGAGAUUCGCAUCCUCAACCCAUAUUUCAUCCAGGAAGCCGCCUUCACCCUCAUCGGACUGCCUUUCAACAAUGGCCUCAUGGGCCGCGGGAACAUCCCGACCCUCGGCAGUGUGGCAGUGACCAUGGCACUACACGGCUGUGAUGAGGUGGCAGUUGCAGGCUUCGGCUACGACAUGAGCACACCCAAUGCACCCCUGCACUACUAUGAGACCGUGCGCAUGGCAGCCAUCAAAGAGUCCUGGACGCACAACAUUCAGCGAGAGAAAGAGUUUCUGCGGAAGCUGGUGAAAGCGCAUGUCAUAACUGACCUAACCAGUGGCAUCUGAGGUGGACCCAGCACGUGGCCACAGAAGUCCAGCCACCGCCACCUGCCCACUUCAUUGGCCUCGGUCUGGCUCUGCCUGAGAGGUGCGGGAGCCUUCAGACCCAGAGAAGGACAGUGCCAAGUGGCCCCAGGUGUGGUGAGGCCUUGGUGGGGCAGCCAGAGCUGUGUCUGCUCAGAGGCCAGCCUCAGAGACCAGCACUAGGCCUCACUCUCAGCCUGGGUCCUUGAAGCCAGAGGGCCAGGAGGCCACUGGCCAUGCCCAGCGGGCCCAGCAUGCAGGAGGCGGACAUUAGGCAGCAAGGCUGCUGCCAGAAUCAUUUCUCCAAUCAGUGUUCGGUGUAUUAUCAUUUUGUGAAUUUGGGGUGGGGGGAGGGUAGGGAUAAUUUAUUUUUCAAUAAGGUUGGAGAUGUCAAGUUUGGUCUACUGGCCGUGCAGAAGGAGACCCACUAAAGGGCCCCUCAGGCAGUGGUACCAAUGGGCUCCCUGUAGAGUGGGAGUGCCAGGACUAGCCUGUGCCCUGCUCCGGGGCUACAGGGAGGUGGGCAGGAUCUCAGGCCAGCCCCCUCCAGCUCAUGACACUGUUUGGCCUUUCUUGGGGAGCAGAUGGGAUAGUCCCACUCAGCAGCCCCCAGCUGUCCCACAGGGAAACCCUGGAGCCAUCCUUUAAGCCAACAAGAUGCCCCUGGGCUUGAGUGGAGAGAACUUCAGAACUCGGGCGGUGAGGGCUGGCCCAACCUUAUGGGAAUGCCCCUCCCUCCCCAACUGCAGCCGACCCAUAGGACACUGCCCCAGGCCUGGAGUGACCAACUUGGCAGCUGUUCUGGGUUUCAGCAGUGAGACUGCCAGGUCCUUGGGUUCUGCCUUUAGCCUGGACCAGAGGGAAGGGAGGCUCAAGGACCUCACCCAGGCUGUGGCAGCCAUCCUGAGCAGCCAUCAUGGAAGCAAUAAAGCUCUUCCCUGA